GGUUCUCAGCUGUUCUCAGUGGUUCUCCACAUCCUGCGCUACUUCAGCGCUGCCUGUUGCACUCAGUUAGUUAGGAUUCGCAUCUGUGCUCAAACAGCGUCCACGGAAAAGCUGAUAGUCUCCUCUCAGAAGCAACGCAAGAGUUCCAUAGUGUAGCCCAAGACAGCUCACACACACACACACACACACACACACACACACACACACACACACACUACGGGAAAGGAGGCAAACGUGUUUCCCAGACAUCAUCGUCUACUGCUUGUGACUGGAGGCGUGUUUUAUUAGCUCUAGGAAGACCUCGCAGGCGCCUCCUCCCGUUCCUCAUGAUGGUCACUCUGUGCCCAAGAGAAAUGCGAUGUUGUCGAGCGUCCCGGACUUGACUUCGCCUGCAGCUCCCAUCUUCGGGGUGGAUAGAUAAUAGAUGAGCACUCUCAUCCCCGCCGGAUUUCUCUGUCGGUGAAGCCUCGGCCUUUGAGGAGGACAAAGGAUAGUCAGCCAGUCCUGAUCACCUGAUCAGCACUAUGUCAGCCCUGGACCCUUACCAGUACAUCAUCGUAGAGCAGCAGUACUCCCAUAAAUUCAAAGUGAAAGUGCUACGAGCAGAAAAUGUCACUAAAGGAGCUCUGGGUGACUUGUUGGACACUCCAGACCCCUAUGUGGAACUAUUCAUUCCUACGGCUCCUGAGAGCAGGAAGAGAACCCGGCACAUAGAUAAUGACAUUAACCCAGAGUGGAAUGAGAGCUUUGAAUUCAUACUGGACCCCAACCAGGACAACGUUCUGGAGUUGACAUUGAUGGACGCUAAUUAUGUGAUGGACGAGACGCUGGGGUCAGCAUCGUAUAACAUUUCCAAACUCAAAGUGGGACAAACAGACCUGGUGCCAUUUCUCAUAGGAAAGGCGACCAAUGUGUACUUAGAGCUGAGUCUGGAGGUGUGCUCUGCCAUGGACUUGCGCUUCAGCCUGGCGCUGUGCGACAAGGAGAAGCUGUACAGGCAGCGGCGGAGAGAGAGAGUCAUGCUGGGCAUUAAGAAGCUGCUGGACAUGGAGAAGCCUCGCUUUCUGCCUUCUGCCCCCCAUGAGGUUCCUGUGAUUGCUGUAGUAGGAUCAGGCGGUGGCUUCAGGGCGAUGGUCGCGUUCUCAGGGGUCAUGAAGGCUCUGUAUGAGUCAGGAGUUCUGGACUGUGCCACUUACGUCGCCGGUCUCUCUGGAUCCACCUGGUAUAUGUCCACAUUGUACUCUCACCCUGAGUUCCCCAAGCAGGGACCCGAGCAGAUCAACAAGGAGCUGAUGAAGAGUGUGAGCAGCAACCCUCUGCGACUGCUUCUGCCCCAGCACAUCACCAACUACGUACAAGCUCUGUGGAGCAAAAAAGCCGGAGGACAACCCGUCACAUUCACCGAUAUCUUUGGAAUGCUGAUCGGAGAGACUCUCAUUCCUGCUAGAAUGGACUCUAAGCUGAGUGAGCUACAGGAGAAGAUAAAUGAAGCCCAGUCUCCGAUGCCUCUCUUCACCUGCCUGCAUGUCAAACCUGAUGUUUCUGAGCUUAUGUUUGCUGACUGGGUGGAGUUCAGCCCUUAUGAGAUUGGCAUGGCUAAAUAUGGCACAUUCAUGACCCCUGAUCUUUUUGGGAGCAAGUUCUUCAUGGGAACUGUAGUGAAGAAGUAUGAGGAGAACCCUCUGCAUUUCUUAAUGGGGGUGUGGGGCAGUGCCUUCUCCAUCCUCUUCAACAGAGUGUUGGGGGUGAAGGACGUGCCUGGUGGAAGCACCAUGGAGGAGGAGCUGGAACAGAUAAAGCCGCAGCACAUUGUAGGGGAAGACAGCCUAGACGAUGAAGAACCACGCAAAGCUGGAGCGGAGGAUGACCAUCGGCAUGCUCAGGCCAGCUGGAUACAGCGCAUGGUCACCUCGCUGUUCAGCGACUCCAGCCUGUUCAACACGCGUGAGGGCCGAGCUGGAAAAGUGCACAACUUCAUGCUGGGCCUCAACCUGAGCACUAGCAUUCCCUACUCGCCCUUCACUGAGAUCCUAACCCCGAGCAGCCCUGAAGAGGAAGUAGACGCUGUCACAGACCCAGACGAGUUUGACCGCAUCUAUGAGCCGCUAGACGUGAAGAGCAAGAAGAUCCAUGUCGUGGACAGCGGCUUGACCUUUAACCUCCCCUAUCCUUUGAUUCUGAGACCUCAAAGAGGCGUUGACCUCAUUAUCUCCUUCGACUUUUCUGCCCGGCCCAGCGACUCAAGUCCCCCUUUUAAGGAACUUUUGCUGGCGGAGAAAUGGGCACGAAUGAACAAGCUUCCGUUUCCCAAAAUUGACCCCAAAGUGUUUGACCGGGAAGGGAUGAAAGAGUGCUAUGUCUUUAAGCCCAGAAAGGGAGACAAGAACUGCCCCACUGUCAUCCAUUUUGUCUUGGUUAACAUAGACUUCAGGAAGUUUAAAGCCCCAGGAGUUCCUCGGGAGACGGAGCAGGAGAAGGAGUUUGCAGACUUUGACAUCUUUGAUGAUCCUCAGACGCCAUACUCCACCUUUAACUUCCAGUACUCCAACCAGGCUUUCACGCAGCUCCAUGACCUCAUGGAGUUCAACACACUCAACAACAUAGAGGUGAUUAAAGAGGCCAUAAAAGACAGCAUUGUGUACAGGAAGGAGAAUCGAACUCGCUGCUCUGUGUCCCUCUCCCUCAAUGAGAUCCAGAACAAGAGGUUUCUGAAGAGAGACACCAGAGGACAGGCCCAUAAAUGAAUCAGGAGAGGAUUCUGACACAUUGUAGGACCAGCCGUUUCUGGGAAUACAUGGUCUUUGGGAAAGAGUUACUGCUGACGUUACUGCCUAAUUAUCCAUUUCUGCUCUAACUGAACAUAAAUUAUUAUAAAUUUU